AGAAGAAGAAGAAGUCUGCUGUGGGGUCACCAUGAAGCUGCUGUCUUACUUCACCCUGCUCACCUCUGCGGUCCACGCAGGCCUGCUGAGGAAGCGAAACACCUGUCCUCAGGUGUGUGACGUCUCCCAGUGUCCCGCUCCUCCGACCAGCUGCUACUACGGUCUGGUCAAGGACUCUUGCGGAUGCUGCGCGGUGUGCGCGGCCGGGGAGGGAGAGGUCUGCGGCGCCCGCCUGUCCUGCGGUGAUGGCCUGAGGUGCGACUCCGUCCCGGGGAGGCCCGCGGAGCUCCACAGCGUGUGCGUGUGCGCGUCCUCCGGGCCGGUGUGCGGCAGCGACGGCAGGACGUACCCGAGCAUCUGCCGCCUGAGAGCCGAGAACAGGAGAGCCGAGCUGGGGGAGACUCCUCCGGUCAUCCUGAUCCAGAGGGGCCGCUGUGACUCUGAAAUGCAGCAUCCGGGAAGUAUGCGCUACAAGUUUAACUUCAUUGCUGAUGUUGUGGAUAAGAUCGUUCCAGCUGUGGUGCAUCUUGAGCUUUUCCAAAGAGUGCCAUUUUCCAAUGAGGAGGUCUCUGUGUCCAGCGGCUCAGGAUUUAUCGUGUCUGAGGACGGCUGGAUCGUCACCAAUGCUCACGUCCUCACUAACAAGCAGCGGAUCAAAGUGGAGCUAAAAAGUGGUGUUCAAUAUGACGCUGCUGUCAAGGACGUGGAUCAGAAGAUGGACAUCGCCCUCAUCAAAAUCGAGUCAGAUGGUCCUCUGCCCGUGCUGCGUCUCGGCCAGUCCUCGGACCUUCGUCCCGGUGAGUUCGUGGUGGCAGUGGGAAGCCCCUUCUCCCUGCAGAACACCGUCACCACCGGCAUUAUCAGCACCGCCCAUCGCAACGGUCUGGAGCUGGGCUUCAAGGACUCCGACAUGGACUACAUCCAGACUGAUGCCAUCAUAAAUUAUGGCAAUUCUGGUGGGCCGCUUGUCAACCUGGAUGGAGAUGUAAUAGGCAUAAACACUCUGAAAGUGGCAGCAGGAAUCUCUUUUGCCAUCCCUGUGGACAGAGUACGUCAGUUUCUUGCAGAUUCCUACAAUAGACAAGUCAACGCUAAUGCGGCACAAAAAAAGAAGUUCAUUGGUAUCCGGAUGCUGCAGCUCACACCUCCUUUGAUCAAAGAUCUGAAGGAACGUGAGCACGAAUUUCCAGAUGUGAGCUCAGGGGUUUACAUCUAUGAGGUCAUACCUGGAACAGCUGCAUCCAGUGCUGGAAUGACCGAUCAUGACGUCAUCAUCAGCAUCAACGGGCAGCCCGUCCACAGCACACAGGAAGUGAGCGAAGCGGUCCGGAGCGGCGCCACGCUCUCCGUGGUCGUAAGAAGAAAGGACGGGGAUGUUACGCUCAUCAUCUCUCCAGAAGAGACUGACUGAUUGUUGUGCUGAAGGAAACUUGAUCCCAGCUUUCUUUCGUUCCUUGGAGCUGUUGUGAGGUAAACGGCUGCCGGUGCUACUUCCUCAGUCUGGUGCUAUUAAACAUUGGAACUGACAGAACGGUGAAACGUGACAUCUCUGUUUGUUUCUCGUGUCACUGAUCAUGUCAUGUAUCGUGUUCCUCUCUGAUCUGCUCAGAUUCAUCAGAUCUGAGCAUUCAGUGAGUCUGUUUUACAUUUUGCUUUUAUUGAUUACUUUUGCACCUCAGCAAAGUGUGAAACUGCUCUGAUAUACGUCAAGAGCUUCAGAAUUUUGGGCAUUGGAGCUUUUUAUGCUCAGAUGAAUGAUGUGCAUAAAAAUAGGUGUAGAUACUGUCGUAGAGCAGCAUCAGUGACACCAGGGAGUGUUUUAGUGAUUUCAAAAGCUCACGGUUUAAAGACACAUCAUGUCCUGACUAAAUUCAUACUUUCUGUCUCCGUGCAUCUGCAAGGGUCUGUGUGACGGAAAUGUCAUCUCCUGCUUCAGACCGUGAGUCUGCGACCGUGCAGACUGUACGGUCUGACUAUGCCAGACCAUCCAGUCUGUAAGCAGCUGCUGGUCACAGCCAGCCUUUACACAGCAGCCCUGCAUGUUCUGUUCUGUUCAGAGGGGAAAUGUGUGCCCCAAACCUUCCUUUAGUGUGAACAGAACCCCAUGUAUCUCUGCUGUCCUCUUUCAAAGUGCACAUCGGCGAUCCAGAAACCAUGAAUUGACCUUUAUGCUGCCAGUCACAUUUGCAAAUACACCACCAUGUUCGUGAAUGAAGCUGCACUGAAACGCCUCAGCAUCCUCUUUGUACUGACAGCAGUAAGAAGGAGAUGAAGACCACGAAGAAGUAAGGUGUCAUUGGAUGGAACAGGUGUGUAAAUCAAACAGAUGAAUGCUCCCUGGAUGGAAUGAACAUUUCAGACUUCCAGUUAAACGGCUGCUUCAUUUAAGUCCAUGCAGAGAGUUCUGUUUUUCUGAGAGGCUUUUUAGAAAUCCACCUCAGCACCACAGGAAACAGCAGUGAAUGGGUUCCAUUAGUGCUGCUCACACAUUGAAAAAGGACAUUUCUCCAUCAGGGUGUUUUCCCAAAGACAGAGUACCGAUUACUCUGGAUAACCCACAGGCAUCACUGCGAAGUAUUAGAAAAGCUGCUCAUGGGUUUUAUUCAGAAUAAUGAGGAUGCUGGUGUUUUGUGUGUUCUAAUCUUUUUUGUUUGUUUGUUUGUUUUUCCGGGGUAGAUUCAUCAAACUAACUUAACUGGACGUUGUUGUUAGUCACUUACAUCCACCGUUUAAUGCUGACUGUAUAUAAAAAUGUGAAAACACAAUUUAGGAGGGUGAGAUAUAUUAAAUAUUAAAUACUUAGCCCAUUUACAGUUAUCAUGAACUGUUUUUUGUUUGUUGUUGUUGUAUGAGGCUGUAAACAUGUUUCUUCCUGUUGUAAGUUUGGGCAUUUUAACAUGGUACUGGACUCACUUUUGGAGUCAGCCUCUAGUGGGCAUUCAGGGAAGUGCAGUUUUUGACUCUUCCACUCUGACUUUAUUCUUCAGCUGCAGGGGUUUGCUGGUUUGUGUCGAGAUGAUGUCAGUAUUUUAGAUUAACUGUUCCAGAAAGUCUAAACAGCUUCAACAAUGUAGACUGAAGCUUGUGAGAAACUUGUGUAGUAUAAAGGACCUCCAGUGAUCCAAUGGAGACUGAGGCCAACAUGUUCCUCUGUAUGUACACUGUAUUCUUAUGAAACUAGUGAACUGUGAUUUUCUUUAACUGACACGGCGUACACACAUGGAUACUCAGUGUGUGUGGUGGUAUGAACAUGUGCUUGUGUGUGCUUUGUAUUGUCUUUAAUUAUGCAUUUAUGUCUUUGUAAUGGAUGAAAAUCUAAUGUGUACUGAGAUGAUAGCUUGAGCUGAAUAAAAAUAGGUCAAAACCUUAAAACAUUGAAAUGAA